UGAGGAAGAGGCUGUCUGUGCCAUUAUGUGUGCGUCGGUCAAGUACAAUAUCCGGGGUCCUGCCCUCAUCCCAAGGAUGAAGAUCAAGCACCGAAUCUACUACAUCACCCUCUUCUCCGUUGUCCUCCUGGGCCUCAUUGCCACUGGCGUGUUUCAGUUCUGGCCUCAUUCCAUCGAAUCCUCCAACGACUGGAGUGUAGAGAAGCGCAGUGUCCGAGAUGUGCCCGUGGUCAGGCUGCCGGCCGACAGUCCCAUCCCUGAGCGGGGUGAUCUCAGUUGCAGAAUGCACACGUGUUUUGAUGUCUACCGCUGUGGCUUCAACCCAAAAAACAAAAUCAAGGUGUUUAUCUACUCUCUGAAAAAGUACGUGGAUGACUCUGGUGUCCCAGUCAGCAACACCAUCUCCCGGGAGUAUAAUGAGCUGCUCACGGCUAUCUCAGACAGUGACUACUAUACCGACGACAUCACCCGGGCCUGCCUGUUUGUUCCGUCCAUCGAUGUGCUGAACCAGAACACGCUCCGCAUUAAGGAGACAGCGCAAGCACUGGCCCAGCUCUCUAGGUGGGAUCGAGGUACAAACCAUCUGCUGUUCAACAUGUUGCCUGGAGGUCCCCCAGACUAUAACACAGCUCUGGAUGUCCCCAGAGACAGGGCUCUGUUGGCUGGUGGUGGCUUUUCUACAUGGACUUACAGGCAAGGCUACGAUGUCAGCAUUCCUGUCUAUAGUCCGCUGUCAGCUGAGGUGGACCUUCCAGAGAAAGGACCAGGUCCCCGGCGAUACUUCCUCCUGUCGUCUCAGAUGGCUCUGCAUCCCGAGUACCGAGAGGAACUGGGAGCCCUCCAGGCCAAACACGGAGAGUCAGUGUUAGUCCUAGAUAAAUGCACCAACCUCUCCGAGGACGUCCUUUCCGUCCGCAAGCGCUGCCACGAGCAUCAGGUCUUCGAUUACCCCCAGGUGCUGCAGGAGGCUACUUUCUGUGUGGUUCUUCGCGGGGCUCGGCUGGGCCAGGCGGUAUUGAGUGACGUUCUACGGGCUGGCUGCGUCCCAGUUGUCAUCGCAGACUCCUAUAUUUUGCCUUUCUCCGAAGUGCUUGACUGGAAAAGAGCCUCUGUGGUUGUGCCAGAAGAAAAGAUGGCAGACGUAUACAGCAUUUUGCAGAGCAUCCCCCAAAGACAGAUUGAAGAAAUGCAGAGGCAGGCACGGUGGUUCUGGGAAGCAUACUUCCAGUCAAUUAAAGCCAUUGCCCUGGCCACCCUGCAGAUUAUCAAUGACCGGAUCUACCCCUAUGCUGCCAUCUCCUAUGAAGAAUGGAAUGACCCUCCGACUGUGGUGGAAUCUUCCCCGGCUUGUACACAUGUCUCAGCACUCGGCACAGUUUGCCUUUCGGCUUCUUUGGCCAGCACUCUCCUGCUUGUCCUUGAAGACUACUCAGGAGUUCCCUCCUCAGAGAAGUGGGGUAGUGUGAGCAACCCACUCUUCCUCCCACUGAUCCCACCACAGUCUCAAGGUUUUACCGCCAUUGUCCUCACCUACGACCGAGUGGAGAGUCUCUUCCGGGUCAUCACAGAAGUGUCCAAGGUGCCCAGUCUAUCCAAGCUGCUAGUCGUCUGGAAUAAUCAGAAUAAAAGCCCCCCAGAAGAGUCUCUCUGGCCCAAAAUCCGGGUUCCAUUAAAGGUUGUGAGGACUGCUGAAAACAAACUGAGUAACCGUUUCUUCCCUUAUGACGAAAUCGAGACGGAGGCUGUCCUGGCUAUUGAUGAUGACAUCAUUAUGCUGACCUCUGAUGAGCUACAGUUUGGUUAUGAGGUCUGGCGGGAGUUUCCUGACCGGUUGGUGGGUUACCCAGGUCGUCUGCAUCUCUGGGACCAUGAGAUGAGUAAGUGGAAGUAUGAGUCCGAGUGGACCAAUGAGGUGUCCAUGGUGCUUACGGGAGCAGCUUUUUAUCACAAGUAUUUUAAUUACCUGUAUACCUACAAAAUGCCUGGGGACAUCAAGAACUGGGUGGACGCUCAUAUGAACUGUGAAGACAUUGCCAUGAAUUUCCUGGUGGCUAAUGUCACGGGGAAAGCUGUCAUCAAGGUGACACCGCGGAAGAAAUUCAAGUGUCCAGAGUGCACAGCCAUUGACGGGCUUUCUCUGGACCAGACACACAUGGUGGAGAGGUCUGAGUGCAUCAACAAGUUUGCUUCUGUCUUUGGGACGAUGCCUCUCAAGGUGGUGGAGCACCGAGCCGACCCUGUCCUGUACAAAGACGACUUUCCUGAGAAACUGAAGAGCUUCCCCAACAUCGGCAGCUUAUAAACCCGCCACAGGCGGGGGGCUGAACACUAAGCUUGGACCAAGGGAGAGAACACGCCCCCCAGCAUUUCUGAUAGCAGGGGGGAUGUCAGAGUGGAAGAUUGACAUACUGACCCGCUUCCUCAAGAACGGGAAGCUCAGGAGGAUGCCUGAGCAUUGAGGGGCACCCUCUGUUCCUGUUUCCAUGGUUUCCAGUGGCUUUUCUUUGAAGAUGCGGAACAGAAGCCUUGGUGGCACUCCAAGUUCAGGUCCAGCUCAGGCUCCUUGGUCUCCAGUUCCUACAGAACCACCCGAAAGGAACUUCGCUGACUGAAGACUGCUGAGGAGAGAGCCUACCAGCCCACUUUAGAUUCUCGGAAUCGUGGAAAAGAUACCCUAUCUCACUUUCAGUCACUUCAGAUCAGUGAGUUUUUUGGAGGAAAAGCCCCAAGCCCGGAAUUCGGUGCAAAAUCCAGACAUUGUAAUGGGAUUUGAUAUACAGGGUGGGCAAAAGUUGGUUUACAGUUGUUCAAAUGGAAAAUAAUACAAUAAUUAAUAA